UGUAAAGGGCCUGUCCCACUUUCACGACCUAAUUCACGACCUUUUUUACUCGUGGACAUUUUUCAUCAUUCUAGAAAAAACGCCCCGACCUACUUGAUGCCACGAGUACCUUCGACCUACCUACGACCUCCUACGACCUACCUACGACCUUGUGACGACCAUGCUGCGAGCAUGAGCCGAGGGCAAACUCAGCAAAGGUCGUGAAUUAGGUCGUGAAAGUGGGACAAGCCCUUGACAUUCUCGGUCUUUUGACUUCGCAAUAACUGAAGAUCCAGGUGGUUAGUGUGGUGUUAAGGGAUAAUUUGGAACUGCAUACAGCAGAAAUGAAUGUUUUUUAAUAUGUUUGUUGCUGGAUUAUGAAAAGAUUUGGAAUAAUCUUUCAGAAUUACAGAAACCUUUAGCAAUGGGGAGAGGUGCAUUAAUUUCAGAACAGCUGGUUAUCCUGAUGGUACAGCCUUCUGUAGCACUAACAGUAGAGCUUUGUCUUUGGAAAUUGUUAAGUAACCAAAAAUCACUGUGAUAAAUAGCAAAUCAAUGCAGAGCUAUCUCGGCUUUGUAAGGAAUACAACGGUGAGACAAUUUUAUGAUUUUUCAUGAAGCAAUGAAUAACUGAAUUUUGAUUAACAUUUUCUCAGAGACAUGAUUACAGGAUUAUGCAUGAGUUACAUAAUGACAUUAUCAUGAACUCCAAUGACUACUAUAAUAAACACAAAGGGGUGACAGAAGGAUAGACAGAUUAUAGGUUCACAAAAUAUUUUUCUCCGAAUUGAAGGAUAUUUCGAUCAGGGAAUCUUGCUUGAAGAAUGUAUUUUGAAGUAUCUAACUAUAUCUAAAGUCAUAAUAUGUCAUAUAUCCUCGGAUCUGGGAAAAAAUAUGGUGUAUUGAGGUGGAGACACAAGAAACUGCAGAUGCUAGCAUCUUGAGCAAAACACAAAGUGCUGGAUAAGCAAAGUGGAGGCAGCAUCUGUGGAGGAUAUGGACAAAUUACAUUUUGGGUUGAGACUCUUAGAGUGAAUCAAGGAAAGACAAAAAGUCACUUCCUCUGUAUAUUUAGAUUAAUUAGUACCUUGAAUGUCAAUAUCUGUUCCAUGUCUUCCACUACGAAAUGUCAUGCACUUACUCGAAACAUAUCAUUGUGAACCAAAGGAAGAAGAGGCUGAAUGCUAACAAUAAGGUGGUACACUGUGAGAUGCAUGAAACUAGAUUCCUCAUUUAAUAAUGUUCACAGACCAUUUGUUUUUAUCCUUCUAGCAAAUUCACAAAGCCUACAGUGGAAAUUUAUUACUGUGCUCGAGGGAAAUUCAGCAGUUCUCAAUUGUACAAUGAAAAAAAGUGAAGGAUCAUAUAUUGAAUGGAAAAAUCCAAAGCAACAAGUUCUAUACUUUAACAAAAAGAAAGAGCUAAGGGAUCACAGAUUCAAAUUAGUUAAUUACUCAACCUCACAGUUAAUUAUCACACUUCGCGAUACCACAGUGGAUGAUGACGGCAUCUAUAGCUGCUUAUAUUAUGCUCAUAAAAUAAUAAAGAAGCAAGUGCAUCUCACUGUUUUAGCACCACCUUCAAACCCUAUGUUGAGUGUCAGCAAACGUUCAUUGAAAGAGAAGGUGGUCCGUUGUAUCACCAAAGGAAGCAAGCCAAAGCCUCAAGUAACCUGGCUCCUGAACAACAGAGUGGAGUUACAUGGGCGCACAAAAUAUAAACAAGAAAAUAAUAGUGCAAAGUAUACAACAAUCAGUAUAUUGAAACUCAAACGACAUAACAAGAAUUCCAGAAUUGACUGUUUGGUUCGACAUGAAGCAUUAAUGAACAGAAUUCUUAGAGCAACCUACAGAUUUGAUAACAAUUACAAUUUAUUUGAACCAACUGAAUCAUACGCACAAACAACUACAAGUGAUGUGGCUACAACCAGUCCAGAACCAACAAUGGACAGUGAGCAACCUGACCUAGACAAGGAGGACUUUUACACCCGAGAAACUCCAAAAACUAAAUUGGAAAAUGACACAACAUUGAAUGCAAGCUCUACACCUAUUAUGGAGUUACCAAUCACAGAAAUUCAAAAAAGCACCUUCAAGACAAAAGCAGGUUCAUUCAUCGGAUAUGGUAGCACUCCACUCAAUUCAAAUGAAAACAGCACAGAGAGAAAUGAACGGACUACAUUCAAUUCUACCAUUACCUGGAAUAAAGCAAAUACCUCAUCCAUUGACAGUGAAAAAACUUUGACAAUAAAAUGUCACAGCAAUUUAACCAUAGAAAAUAACGGAAAAUAUGAGAAACAACAAAUGAAGAAGAAUGGAGCCCUAUUAUUGAUUCUAGUAUCUUUCCUGAUUUGUGCUUUGUUUAUCAUCUUCCAAUUAUUCGUGCUAAAAUUAUGGAAACAGCAUUUAAAGUGGAAAAAGCAAAAAGAUGAAUCUGAUAUCACAGGGGAAAGUAACAAAUCAAAUAAGUCAAGUAACGAAGAAAAUGUUCGAGCAGAAAAUGAUAACCAAGAUUCUAAUCUUCAAACGCAAUACAUAGUCCAUACAAAUUCAGAAGAACGAGUAAAACAGUAUUGUAAUGAUAUACCUGAAGAUCAAACACAAGAGAGUACAGUUUAAUUCAUUUUGUUGUCAGACAAGUCAAUCAAUCUUUUGUUGUUUUUUUUUAAAUCUUUG